UCUGCGUUUUUGUUUACAUGUGUUUGCAUUUUUAAAGCUAUAUAUGUUUGAAGCCGGAUAGCUGAGGGUGAACGGUGGUACGGCUCGGUGUUUUCUGUACCGAGGUGGAUUCAACGUUAACGUUACGCGCCGCUGCGCGACAUUUUCAAAGAACAGGCACUCGAAAGGUCUAAUUUCGGUCACUUUCAAUUGAAUGUUGGUUUGCGUUUUUAUAGCAACGUAGCCACGUAACGUUACUUAAGUUAAAUUGAGAUACAACAUCUCGCGUACGCGAAUUAUUUUCUGUCAGCGAACGCUGGUUAGGUGUUGAUAUGUGACGUUAGGCGAGAAAUGCGGCGUUUUGGUCUCUGGUGUGGUUCUGUUUCGCUUUUCGUUUGUCCUCUGAUGCUCCUCCUGGCUUUGCCACACAUCUCCACUGUCACCUGAUCACAUGGAAACUCACACCGAGAUGAAAGGGAAUAUCUUUUAGGGCAUCUUGCUGAACGGACUAACAUGAUGAUAAGUACAUGUAAAGCAAGUAACGUGUGGGAAAAGGGAACCGAACAUUCGUCGUUCGUCAUUCAGCUCUGUUCAACCGUUCCCAGAGUCUAAAAAGUUUGUCUAACUUUAGCAAGUUGAUUGGACUUAUUUUAGCCCUGCACGGUGUACCUGAUGAAGGCACGGGUUUCGAUUUUCGUUUAAAGUGUUUUAUUCUUCCACGAGCCAUAAUGUCGGACAUAGAGAUGUCUCUGCCAGUCCUCAAGAAGCUCAGCUAUGCGGUGGGACACUUUCUGAACGACCUGUGUGCCUCCAUGUGGUUCACAUACCUACUGGUGUUCUACCACUCAGUACUGGGAUUUCAAAACACGAAUGCAGGUGUGUUGCUGCUGGUUGGCCAGAUAGCUGAUGGUAUCUGUACGCCUCUCAUUGGCUACGAGUCUGACCGAACCCCUGGCUGUGGCAACUAUGGCAAGAGGAAGACAUGGCAUUUAGUUGGUACACUAAGCGUGGUGCUAUCCUUUGCCUUCAUCUUCAACCAGUGUCUGGGCUGUGGCCCCCUCACCCCUCAGUGGGCCAGUUUGACCUACUUCAUCCCGUUCAUCAUCAUCUUUCAGUUCGGCUGGGCCGCCACCCAGAUCUCCCACCUGUCUCUCAUUCCAGAGCUCGUCACCUGUGAGCACGCUAAAGUAGAACUCACUGCAUACAGGUAUGCGUUCACAGUGAUAGCCAACAUCACAGUGUAUGCAGUGGCUUACCUGCUGUUCCACUUCCAGGCCGGAGAGGACGACGACCCGCUCAGUGAUGGGCUUGGACCAGUAGAUAUCCCCGUCUUCAGGAAUCUGGCGUUUAUUGUGCUGGCCAUCGGCGCUCUCUUCUCCCUCCUCUUCCACCUGGGAAUCACAGAGAGGAGGCGUGAAACAGGAGGGGAGGCCGGAGGAGAGGAGGGGAGGAACAGGAUAGGGGAGGAGGAGGAGGAAGAGGGGGAGCGGAGGCCUCUGCUUCCCCGCCCGAGGACCUCCACGUAUCUUCUGCAGUGGAGAUGUUGGCUGCAGCAGCCUUCUUUUUACCAGGUGGCCUUACUUUACAUGUCUACCAGGCUAAUAGUCAAUCUGUCUCAGACAUACAUCUCAAUGUAUCUCAUCAACACUCUGGAGCUGCCCAAGAAGUUCAUCGCAACCAUCCCAUUAGUGAUGUACCUGAGUGGCUUCCUGUCCUCCUUCAUCAUGAAGCCUGUCAGUAAACUCAUUGGGAAAUGUCUCACCUACUUCGUGGGCCUGCUGCUGAUUAUGGCCUUCUCCUACUGGGUGCUGUUGGAUGGCCAGAUGGGUCAGCGGGUGUACGGGGCCGCUUUGCUGCUGGGGGCGGGGUCAGCCACCAUCCUGGUCAUAUCGCUCUCCAUGACCGCGGAGCUCAUCAGCGAUCAAACGCAAAGUGGAGCAUUUGUGUAUGGAGCCAUGAGUUUCACUGAUAAAGUGGCUAAUGGGUUAGCUGUGAUGGUCAUCCAGGCUCUGCAUCCUUGCCGUACUGUGGUGUGCUGUCCGGCCUGUGUGUGGUUCUAUCAUUACAUCAUGGUCAUAGUAACGGGAGGCAUGGCAGUCGUCGCGGCUUUGGCGCUCUGCUCCAUCCUCAUCUGGCCAAUCAAGAUCAGACCACUUAUCUCUAUGGAUACAGCCAGAGUCAACUGACCGCCCCUUCCCUACAACAACUGACAUCCAGAAGGACAGGAAGGAUUUUCACUUUUGUUUCUUUUGAAGAUUCAUCUCUAGUUUUUCAGGAAAAAAGCCCCAGGGGAAUUCCUGACUGUCUGCUCGACUGGUACAGUCACUGUGGCACAUUCAUCACUUCUGAUAAAGUAACCAGGAAACAAUUUUUCCAGUUUUCUCAUCAUGUUCCAAAAAUUAUUUUCAUCCCAGUCCCCGGUAAUUAUAUUAAAAAAAAA